ACACCCCAUCCCCCCCCCACUCCCGGCCUGAGCUGAGCUGAGCUGAGUUGGACCCCACCCGCCAUGAGGGGAUGAAGCGAGUGGACUGGAUGAAGGGAAGGAUACACCAGAGCAGUACUACCAACUGAAAGAUGCUGGAAGUACUGAAACUACCUAUUAUACUUACAGUCCAAGUUGAUUUGGUUUUGAUCAUUCUCACUGGCCUGGGAAUUUGGAGCAGACUCUGUGGUCUGUCUUACCCCAAAGCUGUCGUGUUUGAUGAAGUUUUUUAUGGACAGUUUGUUUCUCUGUACAUGAAGCAAAUAUUCUUUAUCGAUGAUAGUGGACCUCCACUUGGUCACAUGAUUUUGGCUCUUGGAGCUUAUUUUGGUGGUUUUGACGGGAACUUUGUUUGGAACAGAAUUGGUGCAGAAUACACAGGGAAUGUCCCAGUCUGGCACCUGAGGCUCCUUCCAGCUCUAGCUGGGGCGUUCUGUAUCCCACUCGCAUACCAAAUUGUGAUAGAGCUUCAGUAUUCACACCUUUAUGCUCUUAUUGCUGGCCUUCUUAUCAUGUUCGAAAACUCCCUUAUAACUCAGUCACGGUUUAUGCUCCUGGAAUCAGUUCUAGCUUGCUUUGCACUGCUGACUGUCUUGUCUUAUCUGAAAUUCUACAACACACAGCGACACAGUCCAUUCUCAGUGAGCUGGUGGUCCUGGCUGUUUUUAACUGGAGUGGCUUGCACACUUACCGUUGGGGUAAAAUAUAUGGGACUGUUCACGUACCUGCUCCUGUUGACGAUUGCUGGAGUGCAUACUUGGCAGUUGAUUGGAGACACAGUAUUAUCAAAUGUUACAGUGAUUUGUCAUGUUCUGGCCCGAGUGUUUGCACUGUUAAUCCUGCCUGCAGUCUUGUAUUUGGGUAUUUUCUACAUCCAUCUGACCUUGUUGUACCGCUCUGGACCCCACGAUCAAAUAAUGAGCAGCACAUUCCAGGCCAGCCUUGAGGGUGGCUUGGCACGCGUCACACAGGGACAGCCUCUGGAAAUAGCCUACGGUUCCCAGAUUACACUACGGAAUUUAUGGAGCAAGCCUGUCCCCUGCUGGCUCCAUUCCCACAAGAGCAACUAUCCCGUCAGAUAUGAGGAUGGCAGAGGUAGUUCCCACCAACAGCAGGUAACCUGUUAUCCUUUCAAGGAUGUGAACAAUUGGUGGAUCAUAAAGGAUCCUGCCAAACAGGAGCUGGUUGUCAGUAACCCCCCGCGCCCAGUUCGACACGGUGACAUUGUGCAGUUGGUUCAUGGGAUGACAGCACGUUAUCUCAACACGCAUGAUGUAGCAGCUCCUAUGAGCCCUCAAUCCCAGGAAGUUUCCUGUUACGUUGAUUACAAUAUCUCAAUGCCAGCACAGAAUCUCUGGAGGGUGGAAAUUGUCAAUCGUGAAUCUCAAAGUGAAGGGUGGAAAACUAUCUUAUCAGAAGUGAAGUUUGUGCAUGUGAAUACAUCCGCUGUUUUAAAGCUAAGUAGUACUGCUCUGCCUGAUUGGGGGUUUCGUCAACUGGAGAUUGUUGGAGAUAAAACGUCAAAGGUGUAUCACCAGAACAUGGUGUGGAAUGUGGAGGAGCAUCGCUAUGGGAAAAGUGAGGAGCAGAAGGAGAGAGAGCUGGAGCUUCAAACUCCAUCACAGAUGGAUUUCAGCAAGAACAUCAGUUUCAUGGCCAAAUUCUUGGAAUUACAAAUGAAGAUGUUGAUGUUGAAGAAUGAAGAGACUGAGCACAAGUACAGCUCCUCUCCUCUGGAGUGGAUAAACAUGGAUACCAAUAUUGCCUAUUGGCUCCAUCCCUCCUCAAAUGCACAGAUACAUCUAAUUGGAAACGCUGUGACUUGGUCAUCAGCAACUAUUGGAAUUGUUGCUUACGCUAUACUUUACCUCUGGUAUCUGCUGAGACGUCGAAGAAGAAUCUACUCCAUCUCUGAAGAUUCCUGGGAACGACUGGUUCUGGCAGGCGCUGUCUGCAUUGGAGGAUGGAUUGUUAAUUAUCUGCCUUUCUUCCUCAUGGAGAAAACUCUGUUUCUGUAUCAUUACGUACCUGCCCUCACGUUCAAAAUCAUCCUCUUACCUAUAGUGCUUCAGCACAUCCACGAUGAGGUCCUCUGGUCUUCUGUUCUCAGAAAUACUUUCAAUGCCCUGAUGGUGGCCUGGCUCUCCUCUGUCUACAUGGUGUAUCGGACUUUUAGUCCCCUGACGUAUGGUGUCCGACCUCUUCUGGCAUCAGAGUUAAAUGCAUUACGCUGGAAAGACAACUGGGACAUUCUCAUACGUAAACGGUAACAGAUGAAAAGGCUGAUGAUACUGUUGUACAAGAGGCACAAGUGGAAACGGUGAUAGGCGUUGACUCCAGGAUAAGAGUGAGCUCGGAGUAUAGAACGGCAAGCGCUUUAAAGAUUUGUGGUUACAGUUUUAACCGUUCAGACAAAAAGAUUGAGUUGAGUUAGUGGUGCGGUUGGAGGAUAUGUUGUCAUCUUGAAACUGGAAUGGAGUGACAUUGUAAACUGAUGCAUUUGCAAACUCUCCAAUAACCAUCUGAAUGUGGGCCCAAGCAGUAAAUUCUUCCAUCGUCAUUUUGAUAAGAAUGUGUCUUUGCUGUUUACAUGAGGUUAAUAUUUCCAGUAACAAUUCAAGGCCAACUGGUGAUUAUUAUUAUUUUAAGCCAAGUUGUAAUAAACUUUGAAAAGACUUGGUUGUUCCAGCAGAACCUUCAACUAAGCCAGACGGGCAACGUCAGGUUUUCAACAGGAAAAUCUGACAAUGCUUAGUUGUUAAGAAAUGUUGUGGGCUGAUAUUGCAGCAAUGCGUUGGAAUUGGUUGGGAAGAUAGCCAGAGUCUGAACUGCCCAUUGCCCGAGUUAAAGAAUCUAGAAACUUUAUGUAAUGAAAAGUAGGUUGUCCUUUUGAAUUUAACAAGAAAAAUGCAGCAAUGGAACAGAAGGAGCUUGUGUUUCUUGAGUGAUCAUCUCGGACAGUCCUGUUGUGCCUUCAAACACUGAGAAUAUGAACGCCUCACCUUAACAUUGUUUACUGAAAAAGAACUGUAUUGGCAUUGAGAGGUUAAAAAGAGUGUCAGUUGUGCUGUGGUUUUCUGCUGCUCUAACCUUAACUGAUUUGUUUUUUGUUCAAACACUAUUGUGCAUUUUAUCCAUGCAAUUGUAGAAUGAAAAGUUAAUCAUUCUUCAGAUUUUUUUCUAAAGAAUCAGGAAUACAAAAUUUGUGAAAUACAACUAUCUCAUGUAAACCUAAAUGAAGAUACUCCUGAGUGAAGUAUUGAGUUCAGGUUGAGUUCUUUGAAAGGACGUGAUUUUAUCUUUUUUGAAUGUAGAUUUUGAAAGUUUACUGUAAAUCUACAGGGAACGGCCACGAGGGGUCUGUUCUUGGUAAGGUCCUUGCUAAUUAUUAAUAGAAGUAGAAAUUGUGUUGGUAACAUUUCAGUCUUAAAUGAGGAUUUAACAACAAUGCCAGCUGUGGAGGCAUCAGGGCAAUGAUGUCUUAAGAACUUUUGCAUAAAUGCAAGAACACUACAAGUCGAGACUUACGUUCUUAUACGAAAAGUUUCAUUCUUGCAGCAGCUGUGGAGAGUAAGGCAUUCAAGUUGAUUUUUAGUUCACUUGAUUACCAGCACAGGAUGUCCACAAGUUGUAAUAAUAAGCGUAAGCGUUGUCUUUGAAACACACCAAUUUCUAUUCAGUACUUCAGUGACAUUUUUCUUCCCUUUGCAAGGAUUCAAGAAUUUGUAUCUGGAAAAUGAUCAAUUGUCAAAACUGAGGCAAAGUACAAACAAAUAAGUUGAUUUUUAAAAAGUGGAUUUUUUAAAAGAAAUCUGUUCACAUAGAUUCUACACUACAAUAAAGUUAGUACUUUUUAAAGACCAUGUCUGUGUAUCAGAGAUGUGUGAGUAAUUGGCAAAAUAGACCUGUUAAACUAAUUGCAGAGGUAUGGAGACUUGACAAUUUUCUUUAUAAAGUUUAUUCUCUGAAAAAAUACGCUUGUCAUGCUUUUAUUGUGAUUGUGUGUUGAUGGAGCAGAAAUGUGAAACCUGUACAAUGUGUAGCUUAACUGAUCACAAUUUUGUCAAACUGUUUCACAACACCUUGGGCCAAGCCAUUAACAACGACCUGACUACUUUGAGCAAGACAGCAGCAGUGAAGCUGAGUAACGUGGAAGCUGCUCGAUCACUUUCACGGAUCAAAGAUAUGAUACCACAUGUGUCUCAGUUUGAUGUUUGGUUUUAAAGUAACAGUAAUUUCACACAGCUCUAUUGCUAUUUUCGUUUCCCAUUCAAGUAAAUGGGAACUGAAGUUCACGUCAUUUGAUUUACGGUACAUUAAAUUCACAUGGAAGAAACAAUUUGCCAUUUGUCUUCAGGACAGCCUUAUCUUACGUCCAUGAUCAACUUGUAGAGGAAUGCAACCUCUUAACUAGUCUGUGCUGGUGUUUAUACUCCACAUGAGUGUUAUGUUAACUAUGUCUAACUAAGAUAACUAAGACUCUGCUAACUCUACAGCAGGUUCUAUCUCACAGUUACGUUGCAGCUAUGCUGGGACGAAAUCCAUUUUUACAAAAUUAGUUUUUUUCACCAAGUGAAUGAAUACUGACAAAUGUUUUCCCUCUUCCCACUCAACGUCGAUACAUUUCCCUGUAUCCCAGCUCAUGACAGUUAACAGUAAUGAUAAUUCACAAUCUAGUCCUCUGAGCACUGGAGAAACCUGUCCACAUUGAUAUCAACUUCAGUUUAUUUUCUCUAACCACACCUGCAUUGGCUAA